UUAGAUUGAGGGAUCUGCUUCCGCAGUCUCUAUUUGUCAUGAGGUGUUGGAUAUAAAUGAAUAGCUGAAGAAAAAUGUUUGGUGCUGCCGGUUUUAUCGGUGUGGGCAGGUUAUAAAAGACAACGAAAUCGCUAAUUAGGAAAGGGGGUGUGAUUACAGUGUUGAGCUAUAGCGAAAACUAUUUUGAUUUGGAAGUAUAUCGUAAUGCACAGUAUCUUGCAAUCGACGCCUUGACAGCACUUUUCCGUACAGCUGUAACCUUCACUAGCGUCUGCUACCCGGACAAAUAUCGUACAUUCACGCAGUCUGAUGCUCUGUUGGGUUCGUGUUUAACUGAUUAAGGCUUGACGUCGUGCAGUUUGCCAUAAUUUUCAUUUUAUUUAAAAUUAGUCUGUUUGUUUGGAAUUUAGUGUUUACCCAGAAGGGCAACCAUAUCUUUAUACGGUUCGUCUUCUUAAUUGUCAAUUCAGUCUAAACGAGUUAAUUAACGCGGGUGGUGUAUUUAUCGACAAUGACGUUGUUCCAUUUUGGAAAUUGCUUCGCUCUGGCGUAUUUUCCCUACUUCAUCACCUACAAGUGCAGCGGACUGUCCGAGUAUAAUGCUUUCUGGAGAUGUGUGCAGGCAGGGGCCACUUACCUGUUUGUACAGCUCUGUAAGAUGCUGUUCCUGGCCACGUUCUUCCCCACUUGGGAAGGGGGCACUGGUGUGUAUGACUUCGUCGGGGAGUUCAUGAAGGCCACAGUGGACCUGGCCGACCUGCUGGGACUCCACCUUGUGAUGUCCAGGAAUGCUGGGAAGGGGGAGUACAAAAUCAUGGUGGCGGCCAUGGGCUGGGCCACUGCCGAACUGGUCAUGUCCAGGUGUAUUCCCCUCUGGGUUGGCGCUCGCGGGAUCGAGUUCGACUGGAAGUACAUUCAGAUGAGCUUCGACUCCAACAUCAGCCUGGUGCACUACAUCGCCAUGGCCGCAGUGGUGUGGAUGUUCACUCGCUAUGACCUGCCCAAGAGCUUCAGGCUCCCCGUGGCUGUGUUGCUGGGCCUGUCCGUCUACAAGGCCUUCCUGAUGGAGCUGUUUGUCCACCUGUUUGCUCUGGGCAGCUGGACGGCUCUGCUGGUGAAGGCCGUGCUAACCGGGGCCAUCUCUCUGUGCUCUCUCUUCCUCUUCAUCACCCUGGUCCACAGCAACUGAACCGGCCUGGGACCGGGACCAGGUCCGGGCCCGCGUCUGCCACCUGCACGUGCUGCUCUUCCUGGACAAGGCUGCUGCCCCUCCUCCUCGUGUCUCAGCCGGCCCGAGUUCUGUGCGGUGGGCCCGGGUCCCGGUGUUUCAGACUCCAGUCUCGGUGACUCUUGGCCAGCGGCUGCCUGGCCUGCAAAACCGGCCUUUUCUAUCAGUUCUGUAUUUUUCACUCAGAUUAAACGUCGAUUCCCAUGUCCCAA